AUGACACGUUACAGAACCUCCCGCGUGUCAAAUCAUGGCGUCAGGGAUAUUGGUAGUGCUAACGUCUUCCGGGCUACAGCAAAGGAACCUUAUGCCAUUCGAGAGGAACCUCUGGGGACUACUAAACAUGUCAGAAUCGUGGGCAUCGGGGCUGGAGCUAGUGGUAUCAACAUGGUACGGACACUUCGAAGAAACCUAACCAAUUAUGAGCACGUUAUAUACGAGAAGAACGAGAAGGUCGGGGGGACUUGGUUCGAGAACACGUACCCCGGGUGUAGAUGUGAUGUACCAAGUCAUAACUAUCAAUUCUCAUGGCGAAGGAAUCCCGAAUGGUCCAAUUUCUUCGCGCCCGCCGCUGAGAUCGAGCAGUACUUGACUCGCAUAUGCGAAGAGGAGCACAUGAUGGACACCAUAAAGACACAACACAAGGUUAUAGGCGCAUGGUGGGACGAGAAUCGUGGUCUAUGGGAUAUCAAAGUCUUGAACCUAGGGACUGGUGAGGAAUUCAGGGAUCAAGCCAAUUUCUUGGUCGAUGGCUCUGGUAUCCUAAAUAACUGGACAUGGCCAGAUAUUACGGGCAUAAAGAGUUUCCAAGGAGAGUUGAUACAUACUGCCAAUUGGCCCAAAGACUUCGACCACACCAACAAAACUGUCGCAAUAAUAGGGAAUGGCUCAUCCGGUAUCCAGUUGCUCCCCACGAUUCAACCAGAUGCUAAGCAAAUUUACCAUUUCGUCCGCACGCCCACAUGGAUCAUACCUCCGCGAAUAGUAUCAAUGAUGGUAAUGGGCGGUCCAGCCAAGAGUAUCCUCGGUGAGAUCGAGUUCGACGAAGGGGAGAACUUCUCGGAGCGACAGAUCGAAAGGUUUAAAAACGACCCCGAAUUAUACAGAAGAUUUAUCAAGACCAUCGAAAAAGACAGUAACGCGGCCUUCCACCUGGUUAUCAACGGCGGUCCAGUCCAGGCAUUUGCAACCAAUAAAGUCACCCAGUAUAUGAAAACUGCUCUAGGCAGCGAUGAGAAGCUCUGCAAAGCUCUGAUUCCCAAAUUUCCCCUGGGAUCCCGUCGCAUUACCCCGGCCCCGGGCUACCUUGAGGCUCUGAGAGCCCCGAAUACGGAAGUAAUCACGGGAGAGAUUGCGGAAAUCGUACCUGAGGGUAUCCGACGACAGUCGGGAGAAGUAAUCAAGCUGGAUGCCAUCAUCUGCGCCACGGGUUUCGAUAACUCUUUCACUCCACGCUUUCCUAUCGUCGGCCGAAACGGCAACAUCCAGGACAUCAUGAAGGCAGAGACACCCAAGGGCUAUAUGUCUUGCGCACUAGCCGGCGUGCCCAAUUACUUUAGUCCCAACGCGCCCAUAGGCCACGGCAGCGUGCUCACUCUGACGGAACACAUUGCGCGGUACAUCACCCGGAUCAUCAUCAAAUGCCAGACGGAAAACAUCAAAGCCAUCGCACCCUCGGACGCGGCAGUCGCGGACUACAGCGAGCACAUCGCGGCCUUCAUGCCGCGCACGGCGUGGGCGGCGCCGUGCAAAUCCUGGUUCAAGGGCGGCAAGGAGGACGGUCCCGUCACCGCCCUGCACCCAGGCAGCCGCAUCCACUUCUUCCAGAUGCUCGACCGCUUCCGCGGCGAGGACUGGGUGUACGUGUACGACGGCGGCGCCAGCAAGAACAGGUUCGCGUACCUGGGGAACGGGUUUGCGGCGAGGGAGCUGGAUCCUAAUCAGGACUCCACGUGGUACCUCGACGAGGAGGCGGACGCUCUGUUGUAG